AAAUGAGGGUAUAAAUAAAUCCUAAAUGUGAUAUCAUAUGGUAGGAAAAUAAAAUAUUGGAAGAUUAAAAGAAUAAUUAAAAAUAUUUUACAUAAUAAACUAAAUCUAGAAGAUUCUAAUCAUUUAUAUAUUAAUCUAGACUUCAUCUUCCACUCAUUUUCUUCAAAAAAAACCGUGCAUAUCAGCCCCCAUAGGAGAAGUAGACCUCAAGCUUUCAUCUCCCUCUAUUUUGCAAAUCGUUCGGUGAAAUCGAAUUCUAGACGCGUACUCCCCGAUGACUUGAGGCAAAGGAACCUAUAGUGCAUUUUGGAGACAAAGGAGUGAACCUAGAAGGUAGAGAAGUAUCAAGGUGAAAUAUGCUUAUGUUCAUAAGCCUAAGAGUUAUGGAAGAAAAACAACACCCCACUCCUCUAGAUGUAGCACAUGCCUUCAUCAAGCAAUUUUAUGUCAUACUCAACCAAUGUCCUCAAAAUCUCCAUAAGUUUUACCAGGAGCAGAGCCUACAAGGCUGGCCAGAGGCUGAUGGUUUCGUGACCACCAAUGGCGGAUCCAGGAUCCGGAAAUGGAGGGGGCGGAAUAUAUAGUAUUAGCUUGGUUUAGUGCGGACAUGGCUAUUUUUUUUAUUGUUCGGGGCGACGCCGGAGGCAAACGGAGGUGGCGGACAUGGUAAAUUUACAUCCCGAUAAGGGAAAAAUAGUCGCACGGAGGGGGCGACCGCCCCCUCCUGCCCCCCCCUAGAUCCGCCACUGGUGACCACCCCUGUCACAACCUUAAGUGUAACUAUCUUCGUCGCUGUCCUUCAACUGUUCAUUACUAAAACCAAUACUAGUGAUUUUGUUCCUUCAAUAUGCAUCUCUAACUAUUUCAAUUUUGAUGUGGUUUGAAUGAUCUUUGCGUAGGGAAUAAGUGAGAGCGUUAUGUCGUCCGAUUACAAAUAUUGCUCUGUGGACAUCAAAACCACAGAUCCACAAGAAUCUAUCGAGGGAGGGAUCGUUGUUUGACCGCAAAGGAUAAUGUCCGAAGGAAUUUCAGUCAGACUUUUUUCUUGGCGAAGCAGGAAAAAGGAUUCUUCGUCUUGAAUGACAUUCUUCAGUUUUGUUGCGUUUGCGAGCCCUCAACUAAGGCUGCUCCUACUCAGGAUUCUGGCGACACUCGUGAUGGUGCUAUGGCCUUAAACUACAAAGCAGCAAUUCAAAAUGGAAAAGUCAUGGAGGAAAAAAGGCACAAAACCACAGCCAGUUGACACACCUGAUGUCAAACCAUCUGCUUCAAAUGUAACCACGAAAAUCACCUAUGCUUCUAUGCUUGCAAAAGAGACUCCUGCUGUUUCUCCUAGCGGCGGUGUGUCUUCCUCAAGCAAAGUUGCGCCUGAGUCUCCUAGUGCCUAUUCAGAAGCAAAAGGUAUAUAUAUUGGUGGAUUACCUUACGACAUUACUAAACAAGGAGUUAUCGAUGUUGUAAAACAAUUCGGGCAAGUUAAGAAUGAUUCAGACACUGUUCAGAUCAUAAGACACGAGGAUGGUUUCUGUUGCGGAUUCGUGGAAUUUGAGUCAGCAGAUUCUGCGCGUCAUGCAGUCGAGGCGCAUCAUGUGAUGUUCGGAGAAAAGGAAGCCUAUAUCAUGCCCAAGAAACCUUAUAAUCGAGGCAACAAAGGGAGAGCGAGGCCAACAAUGAGGCGUGGACCGCACAAUGACAACUCCGGUAUGACAGAGAACGAAGAUUGGAGUAACUACGGUCAGCAGCCGAGGCAGACCAAUCCUUAAGUAAUCUGCAUUCAUCACUAUGCCAUUGGAUAUUUUGAUAACAUACAUACUGUUUUUUUUGCUAUAAAGUGGGCAAUAUUUGCUUGCUUUUGUUCUCCCAUUUUUGUGAUAAGAGACAGGUAAAAUGUUCUAGCUUAUAUUGCAGAUGCUCCUAAUUUACUUAAUUUUAACUCAUAAAUAUACCCAUUUUUAAAAA